AUGAGCCGCUGGCAAAACAGAUCUUUCAGCAUCGACGUCGGCUGCGACUCCCUCGUGUUUCCGUUGAAUCAGCCCAAGUUGCGAUCGCCACCAUCACCUCUGUCGCCAGAGCUGAUCUCACAACCUCCUGGGCCCCGCCACAAAAUCUUCGACGAUUCCGGCCAAGGCUUUCACGAUUUACCGUCUGAUCGACUCGAACCUUGCGCCGGUUCGUCCAAGAUUAACAUUGAGCAGCCUCAUCGGCUGCGGCAGCCGCUGCGAAAGCUUGUGGAGCUCGGCGACGGUGGCAAUGCCAACGGCCGGGCACCCCGUACCGCACCUGCUCACCUCUUCUGUGGAAGAAUCUCCGACGCGGAAACGGGGGAACCCUUGGAGUUGAGGCGGCGCCGGUGGAAGUUUCCGGAGCCAGGUGGACGUGCGAGUACCGCCGGACCACCAGGUGACGGCGCAGGAGCUGUGGAUCGUCCGGGUUUACGAGGAGAAUUCGCCGCCUCAGGUCGUGAAAGCUCUUUGGCCUAUUCGGUAGAACGUGGCGGGUGGAUAGGUCUUUGGUGCGGCGAGAAGGAAUCUGACGAGGAGCGGGAGGGGCAGACGUCGACCUCUAUCCCUUGCGAUCCAGACCGGGUGAAGAUUUCACAGGCCGAGCAUCGCGUGCGUGGUGGUGUUGGGAGGAGGUACCGCAGCGGAGUCGAGGCGCGGUGGCACGACAAGGAGGGAGAAGGAACAGAGCGACCUGGUGGCGGUGAUGUCCUCACGCCGCACUACGACUACCACUACCACUCCAAUUCCGACAGCGAGGGGGACAACGACGACUUAUGUGGCACCCUCCGCGGUCGUCCCCGCUUGCCGAGCACCACGGAAACGAAGGCCAGGACGGUAUUUCCCGAUAAAAACGGGGGCGGGUCCAACCAGAAGCACACGUCGACGUCGCCGCCGACCGUGCGACGAAGGAAGAGGCCGUACACAACCGGGGGUGGUUCUUCUUCACCCGCUGCCAACAAUCAACGCGGCGGUGGAGGUGGCAGCAGCACGAGCAGUGUGACGUUUGCGACAGACACGCUGAACCACCCGAGCCACCAAGAGCCCGCCACGCCCCGCUCAACGAAACGGGCAAUGUCACCGUUUUGGGUACCGCCCCCGCAGGAGCCGCCAUUGCGUUGUCGCGAAUUAGCCAAGAUGACCUCAGCGUUGGCAGCAGGGUGGCCGGGUGGCACGGCUGAAAAUGAAAGCGGAGGUGACGACCGUGGAGGUGGGAAGAGUGGGAACAGUUGCCCAUCGCUAGAGGGAGGCAGCCACAAGUCGUCACCGGUCCGCAAGCGCGAGAGCAACUGGCCGAUCGAGAGCAGCGAAGACGCGAUGGCGACGUUCUCGUCGGCGGCAGGCACGGCUCAAGAGGACGAGCGUGUUCGUCGAACCAUGUUGCAAGCGCAAGAAAUGAGGGACCGCUAUUUCAGUCAAAUUCGGCAAAUAAUCAUGGACGAAUGCGCGGAGGAAGCGUGCCGAGCCGCCGCGCUUGAAAAGGCCGGCGGACACCCGCUCCGGUCGAGACGCCUCCAGCUGCAGCACGAGCGAGAGCGGCAGGAAAAGCGCACCCUCAUCAACUGGAUACGUAAAGACACAGAGCUUAUCGUGGUCCAGAAGAUGGCGGCGCUUGGGCUCAUCCGGUAG